AUGCCAGCCCAACCUGGGCGUUUCUCCACCUCCAGGCGGAUCCAGCAAUGGACCAGCGACCAGCAGAUCAAUCCAGGGUGGCUGGGACCUCGCGCCUCUCAGCCCUACAGUCAGAUCUGGGUGAAGCAUUUCAGUGAGCCGAUGCCUGACGUUCCCUACAGCCACUUCCUCAUGCAGGCCCACGACAGCUUGGAUGCCGACGUGAUAGAAAAGAUCGACUAUGCCCUUGACAUUGUCAAGGUUGAUGACUGGCGGCAGGAGCGAAAGAUGAGAAAGAAUCCUCCAGCAGUGGACAAGCUGCCGCUCCCGGCAUCGGCUCCCUCCUUCGGAAACCCCACCGGCCGGGGCAAAGUGGCUUCAGUCCUGCGCGCCUUCGCGUGCUGGAAACCCGAGGUCGGCUAUCACCCUGACUUGUCACUGCUAGCUGCGCACAUCAUUGCUGUCACUGGCAAUGAGAAAGCAACCUUCCAAGCUUUGGUGACAGUGUACCGAAAGUAUCAUCUGGAGGACUACUUCCAGGGCGACAACACGCAGGAAGCGCUGGGGCAGGAUGCCGCCAAGAUCUGGGAUGCAGCACGCGUGAACUUCCCCGAUUUGGCCUAUGCGUUCAGCCGCUUUAACCAAACGGAUCUUUUUGAGUCGACUGUGGAUGCGCUCCUGUCGACGCUGCUGACGCAGACCUACCGUCCGGCCAUGCAGGCAUUCGAGUAUCACGUUCGGCUGUUGCACUUCUUCCUGCUGCCAGCAGGUGAGUACGACCCCGAAGACCCCCGAGCCCAGCUGCGAAGACUGGUGCUGCACAUCAUGGCGCGGUACUCGACUGCCUUCUUGUUGCCUGGAUGCCCUGGAGACUUGAAACUUCAAACAGGAGUCUGA